AUGUUGAACUUCAAGAAAAUCGAAAAACUGGAGCUCUGUCGAGAGGCGUUUCCCGCCCCCCAUGGGUCCUCAAAACUGCGAGAGUCUAUCCAACAGACACUAGCCCUACCCUCCUUCAAGUGCCUGAUACUAUCGAACAUCCAUGGAUUUCCCUUUGUCAAGGAGGCUCUGCGACUUCAAGAAUUGGUUUUAAUCGAUUCAGAGCCAACACCCAACAGCAGAGUCUCCUUUUACCUCGAAGUCCAUAAGGCCAGACCGGAGAUCAACCUCCAGUCCCUAUCAUUCCUAGGAGAAUCGGAUGAUUGCAUUGGGAUGUUCUGUCCCAUGCCGGAAAUUCCCAAUUAUCUCCUGUCGAUACCUCGCCUAGUCUUGGAAGCCUCACCCCUCUGUUUUACGUUCGCCUUCGAUCGAGUCACCGAGAGUGGCACUUCGCGUCUAGAACACCUCGUGUGGCUCAUUCCUGAUAACACUCCGGACCAGAUAUUUGACUUCGCCGCCCUUCUGGGAAGGCAAACAUUCUCGACGGAGCGUCUCAAACACCUUGAGAUCAUCUUCCCAGGAUCCUACCCGUGGUCUCUCGAGCGCCUCAUGCUCAUCGAGCGACUCGCCGGCGCCAAUCUCUCUCUCCCAGCACUAGAGCGGAUUACGAUCGAACUGUCGGGGCUAGUGGAGCGUUUACACGCUCUGGAAGCAUCCAUCGGUUGUUUCCGAUUUGCCGACCAAGUACCAUUCGGGACUCGAUCCCCCAACUUCCGAGAACUACGAAUAAACCUUACCCCCGGCACGGAAUUGGGAAAUGAACAUUAUUCAGAAAGCCACAUGCACCAGGCUCGAAGUUUCAUCGAGCGCAUGUUUUCGUCCAUCGACAAGUCAAGACUGUUGACCGUGAAUUGUGUCCCUCGAAACUCGUCCGCUGUCAUCCGGGACUACCACAGUCGCCGCCCAUCGCCUUCGCACUUGUGA